AUGGCAACCUGGCUGGUUGACUGCUAUAUUGCUUGGUUGUACGGAAUCGACCAAUUUCUGUUUAUAAUUGUGAAAGUUGUGGCCCGAGCGCUGAAUAGAGGUGAUAUACUAGACAACAUCGAUCUACAGGGCCCGCACUUCAGAGCCCAUGAAAAUGCUAAGGAACUGCUACUAUUCCUGGCAUCAGAAGAAACUAGAGAAAUAUUCCUGCAGUACGCACAACGACGCCACUGCACAGAACAGGUUGAAUUUCUAAUCGAGAUCCUGUCGUGUACGACUUCGAAGGAUAGUACCAACCAUACUCUAGGGGAAAAGGUGGUACAUAUCGCGGAUGAAUAUGUACGGCCGGAUAGUGACAAGGAGGUCAAUUUGCCACAUGAAAUGCGAGAUAAGCUCAUACGCAACAUCUAA